AUGUUUACCCCUGUCGAAACCACUAUUGGCGCACUUUUGCUCCAUCAAUCAACGAGCAACCUCCUCUACCAGAAUGGAGAUAUCUUGGGGGCUUCGGGAUUGCUGCGUCGAAUCUUCUCAGGACCCACAAAGGAGCUGGUCGCCUUCUUCGCUGGGAUGGCGCUGAGUUACAUUCCACUGCACGCAAUGGCACCGCAACUGGCAACGGCCUACCCAUCCGUAACACUGACACCACAAGUUGCCAUUGCCACAUUUGGACUGGGUGCCAUAGUAGGAUGGGGAACAAAGAUGUCGAAUGGCUGUACAUCCGGACACAUGCUCUGUGGAUUGUCACGACUAAGCGGUCGCUCUACAGUAGCAGUCGUUACCUUCUUCCCAGUCGCCAUCAUCACACAUCACCUCGCUCAUCCUACACUGCGCACCUCAGCGUGUCCUGGAAACAUACCAUGCUACACUCCCGUCUAUCCUUCACCGGCCAACGCCGCCUCCCUUCUCGUUCUCACAGCCCUGAGCAUACUCUCCGCCCGAACAAUACCUGGUCUCGUCGCGAGAUUGACAAGCCCUUCCCAAAAAGAGAACAACGGAAAAGCGCCCCCAACAAAUACCCUUUCCGCUCCACGCAUAGCAACGAAUUUCUUCUCCGGCCUCCUCUUUGCCCUCGGCCUCCACAUCUCCGGGAUGUCACACCCCGCAAAAGUCACAUCAUUCCUAUCCUUCCCCGUCCUCGACCAAUGGGACCCCUCCCUCGCACUCAUCAUCCUCUUCGGCGUGCUACCCAACCUCGUCGAGAACCAAAUCCGAGGCUUCGCGUCACCGCCAAAGUUUGCAAACCAGUUUUCACUGCCGACAAAGACGCUCAAGGACAUAGAUGCAAAGUUUGUUUUGGGAGCUGCUGCUUUUGGGAUCGGCUGGGGGCUUUCUGGAACGUGUCCUGGACCAGCGGUUCUGAGGGCUGUUGUGCAGCCGGUGUGGGGUGCAUUGUGGAUGACGGGGUUUUGGGUCGGUGGGAGGAUAUUGUCAUGA